AUGGCCACCCAAAGCAAGGACAAGAUGAUGGGAAUCCAUGAGCUAUACCGCCCAGAAACAGGUGAAGCAGAGGUCGAUAUUGUCGCUAUACAUGGUCUUAAUGGAGAUGCAAUCAAAACUUGGACAGCCGACUCGACCGGUGUUUGUUGGCUCAAACAUCCAGACUAUCUCCCAAAGAGCAUUCCCAAGGCACGCAUCUUAACUUACGGGUACAACGCAAACAUAUUCUCUUUUACCGAAAAAGAUCCAUCGUCAGACAGAAUACAUCAACAUGCGCACACAUUGAUCCAGGAACUAUGCGCAGAUAGACGGCUUGCGAAAAGACAAGACUACCCUAUCAUUUUUCUCUGUCAUUCUGUAGGAGGUAUUAUUGUCAAGAGAGCGCUAUCCUUUUCCAAAGACAAGACUUCGCGCAAGACAUCUCAUCUGCACACAAUAUACACAUGCACAUUCGGCAUCUUGUUCUUUGGAACACCUCAUAAUGGCUCUUCAGAGUCCCGUAUUCUUGGUACCCUACAGAAGCUAGCAUCUACGUCCAACGUGCUCAGAAAGCACGCUCAGACUGAAUCCGAUCUGGUGCGCGCCUUGCGCGAGGAAUCGGAGACGCUUCAAAACAUCAACGACUACUUCGCAGGCAUGAUGAAACGCUUUCGCAUCCACUUUUUCUGGGAACAGUUGCCGACGAAUAUAGGCCGGAAUAAGAAAGACUACAUCGUGAGCCAAGAAAGUGCAGCCCCGAUUAGUUGGCCGGACGCAGAGCGUGCAGGAAUCACGGCGGAUCAUUUUAAUAUGGUGAAAUAUCAGAGCAACAAAGCUCAGGGGUUUCGACUUGUCGUUUCAGCACUUGAUAUGUAUUGUUCCGAAGCACCGGAUGUCAUUCAGAAGAGGUACAGAGAGGUCUAUGACCAGUUGAACCAGGAGUGGCAAAAUGAAGCACUCGAGCAGCUUCGUGGCAUUCGACCAACAGUACCGCCACCAACGUCGGUCUUUCUUGGUCAACAACCAACGGUGAUGCUCCAGAGCAGAGAGCAGUUUGAGCAGUAUAUGGUCAGUGCAGGAUAUGCAACAAGCCUUGGUCCACGACCGAUACAGGCGAGGCAAGCGGCCGAUCACUCGCGAGGUCAAGUGGAGGCUGCUCUAUAA